AUAGUUUACAAUAUGGCUGAAUCUGUAAAAGUUGCGGUGCGAGUUCGCCCAUUUAAUUCGCGCGAGAUAGCGCGUAAGGCGACCCUCAUCAUUGGCAUGAGUGGUCAGCAGACGACUAUAAAGGAUCCAGAGCAACCAAAAGCAGAACCCAAGAAAUUUGCAUUUGACUACUCGUAUUGGUCACAUGACGGCUUCAAAGAAGACGCCAACGGAUAUUUACAGCCCACUGCAGCCAAAUACUGUGAUCAGCAUAAAGUGUUCCAAGAUCUCGGAAUUGGUGUGCUUGACAAUGCAUGGAAGGGCUACAACUGCUCCUUAUUUGCCUAUGGUCAGACGGGCAGUGGCAAAUCCUACUCAAUGGUCGGUUAUGGCGCUAACAAAGGUAUUGUGCCCGUUUCGUGUGAGGAACUUUUCAAGAGAAUUAAUGAGAAAAGGAAGUCGGCUGCCGAGGGAGAGGAGUAUCAGUGUACGUUCAGUAUGAUGGAAAUCUACAAUGAACAGGUCCGCGAUCUGCUCAACCCAAAAGGUGCCAAGGCUGGUGGACUCAAGGUUAGGCAGCAUCCGUCAAAGGGUUUUUAUGUGGAUCAGAUGACUGUCUCUCCCGUCGAUAGUUACGCAGAUAUCGAUGCCAAGAUCACUGAAGGUACCAAAAACAGGACAGUCGCUGCUACAAACAUGAACGCCACAAGCAGUCGGGCCCACACUAUUGUGACAGUGAAUUUUACUCAGAAGAAUAAAGAAAGUGGACAGAGCAUGACCAAGACUUCAUCCAUCAACUUGGUGGAUUUAGCUGGAAGUGAGAGGGCCGAUUCAACGGGAGCAACAGGUGAUCGUCUCAAAGAGGGCUCCAUGAUCAACCAGUCGCUUAGCACCCUUGGUAAUGUCAUCAAAGCCCUGGCUGAUCUCUCUAUGGGAAAAUCGAAAACACAAGUGCCUUACCGUGACUCGGUCCUUACCAAACUGUUGAAGAACGCCCUUGGAGGAAACAGUAAAACCGUUAUGAUAGCGGCCUUGAGCCCUGCUGACAUCAACUUUGAUGAAACAUUGUCAACACUCAGGUUCGCUGACCGAGCAAAGGCUAUCAAAACAAAGGCUGUGGUGAACGAGAGUCCCACUGAUAAACUGAUCAGGGAGCUGAGGGAGGAAAAUCUGAAACUGAUGGAGAUGUUAAAGAGCGGUGGUGUCAUGGCAGCGCCAGAUGCUGGCGCGUCGGCUGCUGCCGGCGGAUACACAGAAGAAGAGGUUGCUGAAAUGAAGCGUGAAAUGGAGGAAGCAAUGAAGAAGAACAGUGAGGAUUUGGAUCAAAUGAAGAAGACUUGGGAAGAACAGAUGAAGAAAGAAAUGGAGGAAAAUAAGGGCAAAGCCGAAAUUGGAAAGAAAGAACAAGAAAAAAAAAAGACCACACCUUAUUUGUGGAAUUUGAAUGAGGAUCCGAGUCUUACGAACAUGAUCACACACAUCAUUGAGAAUGGCAAGACACGUGUUGGCACCCCUGCGGCUGAUCCAGCUGCUAACAUCAUACUCAAGGGAUUGAGUAUUCAGAAGGAACAUGCCAUCAUUAUAAACAAGAAUGGCACCGUGACAAUUAAACCUUGCUCAGGAGCACAACUCAUGAUCAACGGUCAGGCGGUGAAGGGGGAGACUUUACUUCAUCACAAUGACAGAGUGUUAUUUGGAUCUUCUCAAUUCUAUAUCUUCCACCACCCGAAAGAACUUGCCAAACUCGCCAAGAAGAAAGGCAAAAUUGAAGCAAUGACGUUUGAGGAUGCUCAGCAGGAAAUUGCUCAGAAUUCUGGGAUGUUGGCCGCUGCAGGUGGAGGAAAGGCUGGUCAGAAGAAAGAGGAUCUCCUCCUCCAAGAAGACCUUGUCACCAUACUACCGAUGUUGAAUGAAGCAAACGCCAUGUCCGAGGAACUGGACAAGAAGGUCAAGUUUGAGUGUGCCCUCAUUUCACCGCAGGCACGAGGCCUGAGAGAAGGCAGGACAGAGGUGAAAGUAAAGAUGGUUAACAUGGAGACGGGCAAUGAGUGGAUGUGGGACAGAAUCAAGUUCAUCAACAGGAAGUACCUCAUGCAAGAGAUGUACCAGAACUACGUGCAGGGAGGAGAAUGGGAUGUACCAAGGGACCAAGAUCCAUUCUGGGAACCUGUCGACACAGACCUUCUCAUCGGUUCCGUCCACGUCUACCUUCAGUCCAUCGGUUACCUCAUUGAAGUGGAAGAAAAUCUGACGAUCACCGAUUUCAAGGGGAAUGAACAAGGUCAUAUGGUUGUGGAGAUUCGACCGUGCAAUAAGCAGUGGGCUGAUCUUGAUGAUGAAUUUGUUGACGAUCCUAUUGAACUCGUCGGCAAAGAUCUUUACUUCAAGUUGAAGAUUCAAAACAUCCUGGGGCUGCCUGCCAAAUUUGGUUCUAGUUAUUGUAAAUUUAGGUUUUAUCUCGAUGAGAAAGAAUCCAGUACAAAAAUCGUUGCCGGGACGAUAAAUCCAAACUUCGAUUAUGAGAAAAACUACGGUUUUAAUCCAGUAACUGAACAGUUGAUCAACUACCUCGCCAACAACCCACUUGUCAUCGAAGUCUGGGGCAAACAGAAGGAGGAGGGCGACAAGCGAGGGAAGGGCGCCGGCAAUACUAAACAGCUCAUGUCUCGCGAGAAAACAAUGGUCAUGGGAACCAAACAGGGUGGAAAACAAACUGAUGAUUUGGAUGAAGCGAAGUAUAAGAUGAAUGUGGAGCUUAAUACAUUGAGGAAAAGAGCAGAGAGAGCAGAACUCAAAGUGAAAAGAGUGUGGGACAUCGUGGAUGCCGCCAAAAAGAACAAGCAGGACGUGAUCAAGGUUUCGCAGGUCGAUCAAGCGCUUCGCACCCCAGCAAGAUGGAAAGCUGCAGCCAUGGUGAUAAAGAAUGUGAACAUGACACGGCAAGUCAAGAUGGGCAAGGAGACUUCCGCUGCUUGUGUGAUACAGUAGAAGUAGACUUACACGUAGCUCGAGAUGAUCAUAAAGAUCAAACAUGUUCCCCUCAAAGUUUGUUGUAAAGUGUUCAAAUUUAUUUUUGUAAGGGACUAGGUAAUGAGACUUCCGUUUACAUGAAUUAUAUUUUUGUGCUCAGCUUCAUAUUGUACGUCACUAUAUUAAAACUGAAUGCGAUAUUAUCAAACUGCGAUAAAGAUACCUUGACGUUAUCAGUUAUUUAUCAUCCAUCUUGUGUGCUUCUUAUACAAGUCUAUGUAGAUCAUUGAAUUAAACGUAUGUUCUACAGA